CCAAAAACAAAGUUUUCGCUUAUUUAUUCGCACCAAUUUUCAUCAUUAUCAUCGGUGGAACUUUUCGACCGGCGGUAGGUUUAAUUUUCCGACAUACGGUGGUCGGUGGCGGUUCAGAUCGAUAGAAAUGGCGGAGGAUAAGUAUAAUCUGAAAAAUCCAGCGGUGAAGAGAAUACUACAGGAGGUUAAAGAGAUGCAAUCUAAUCCUUCCGAUGAUUUCAUGAGCCUUCCUCUCGAGGAGAACAUCUUUGAAUGGCAAUUCGCAAUCAGGGGUCCACGAGAUUCUGAGUUUGAAGGGGGGAUUUAUCAUGGACGGAUCCAGUUGCCUGCCGAAUAUCCUUUCAAGCCUCCUUCUUUCAUGCUUUUGACUCCCAAUGGACGUUUUGNUCCCUUCUUGAAAUUAUAUGGUCCUGUGCUUUUAACCUGUGGCUGUAUUUCGCGGAGUUUUGCAGUUCGGACUGCGCUGGUAGCUCUGAUUGCAUUUAUGCCCACCAACCCAAAUGGUGCCCUUGGAUCACUAGACUAUACAAAGGAAGAAAGGCGUGCUUUAGCUAUUAAAUCUCGUGAAACGGCUCCAAGAUAUGGAACUCCCGAGCGCCAGAAGCUGAUUGACGAGAUACAUGAAUACAUGCUAAGCAAAGCACCCCCAGUUCCUCAAGCUACUUCCUCGCCAGCUCCUGAAGAACAGAACAUUAAUGGACAGGAUGAGGUCCAAGAGAGUCCUGAAAACCCCAGCGCCGCUGCUGAGGAAAGGCUUCAUAAUCCAUCUGAUGCUAACACAAAUAUUGAAGAGAGACGCGAAUUGGCUUUAGAUGCAGAACCUGUACGGGCACCUAUAGAGCUCCCUGCUGCACGGCCAAGCGAGCCUCGGGUACUGCAUACACCUCAACAGAGCGUUUCGAGGCAGGCUGAUGACCGUAUAUUUACAUGGGCAGCAGUUGGACUUACAAUUGCUAUACUUGUACUUCUGUUAAAGAAGUACAUGAAAGCUAAUGGCCAUGGUGCUGUCUUCAUUGAUGAAUCGUGAAUCUACCAACAGUAAAUAUGCAGUUCAACUGGGAAUAUGUUUGGCAAUUUACUCCAAUUCGGCAAGCUUAUCCAGGAAAUAUGUAGUAUAUUUAUCCCUUUGCCGUUGUGACGUCAAUUAUAUAGAUCGUGUAAACAUGAAUUACCAUAUGUUAUUUUGACAGAGUUCUUGUAUAGAUAAAAGAUGGUCCUUUUUCUGAGAUGCGAAGGAUCAUGUGAAGAAGUUAAGAUGAAGUAAAGAAAUUUAGUUUCACAUUA